UGGCCAAUUUACUAGUCUCGAUUGAGGAACCCAACUGGCAAGAUGUCGAGGAUCGGAAUAAUACUCUUACUGCUAUUGCAAGUGCUCUUCAGUUCUGGCAAGCCCCUCCCGGCAGGUGUCUACGAUCCCGAGGAGUCUGCUGGCUUUGCGGAGGGCGACAUGGUCUUGACGGCGGAGCAGGAGAGGAUGCUGGAGCAGGGUGCUCCCAAGGCACGCAAUGGCCUGAUAGAUACUACAAAGAGGUGGCCUAAUAACUUGAUUGUCUACCGGAUAUCAGAUGACUUUGAUAAUCUUCACAAAAAUGCCAUCAAGGCGGGCAUCCAGACGCUGGAGACAAACACCUGCAUCCGUUUCCGGGAGGCCACCGACGAGGAUACCUACUAUCUGACAGUGACGGCCAAGGAGGGAGGCUGCUACACGGCUGUGGGCUAUCAGGGAAAGCCGCAGGAAAUGAACCUGGAGAUAUAUCCCAUAGGCGAGGGCUGCUUCCGACCCGGAACCAUACUCCACGAGUUCAUGCACGCCAUGGGCUUCUAUCACCAGCAGAGCUCGGCCAUUCGUGAUGGCUACAUAGAGGUGCACUACGACAACAUAGUGCCUGGCAAGGAGUUCAAUUUCCAGAAGUAUUCCGACUCUGUGGUGACGGACUUCGAGGUGGGCUACGACUACGACAGCUGCCUGCACUAUAGGCCGGGAGCCUUCUCCAUCAAUGGCGAGGAUACCAUUACGCCGCUGGACUCAUCCGCCCAGAUAGGCCAGAGAGUGGGCCUGAGCUCUAAGGAUAUUGACAAGAUCAACAUCAUGUACAAGUGCCCCAUUCUGCUGUGAUCCGGAAUCGGGUGAACUGUGUACCUAGUCAAAUGUGAUAUAUACUAACCUACAUACUAACUACAUCGUGUCCGCCGACUGAGGCGAUUAGAUCGCUUUUAUUGAUCUACGCUAUCAUUGUCAUUGGGCGGCCAGUACUAUUUAUAACAAAAUCGUAAAUUAAAGCCAAAUACCCCUUCAA